AUGGUUUACAAAGGGCCAUCGCGAGACUGCUUGCCAUGCCGGAGAAGAAAAUUAAAGUGCGAUCUCCGCAAAGAUGGAUGCGGCCAGUGUCUUCGGGCCGGCAUCUCCUGCUUCGGCUACCGGGACUCAAACGACCUCGUCUUCCGGGACCAGACGCGAAGCGUUGAGCGCAAGAUGCUGGCCGCCAAGGCAACGACGGUGUCUCUGCAGCUCGGCACCCUGGAUCAUCCGUGGAAUGUCCGUGCUCGCCAUGACUUCUUUGCUCACUAUGUGUUUGGCCUGUCAAGCAGCUACAACAUUCUGCCAUUAUUAUACGACAAGGCGAAACCGGAUGAUUGUCUAGUCGCUUGCGUGGAUGCUGCCAGCCUCGCCUAUGUGGCAAAUAGGGAGCACGCGGCUUCCAAGGAGCUUUUUCGCCUGGCGGCUCAGCACUACACCGUGGCCCUACGGCGCAUCAACGCCGCUCUUUCCAAUCCUGAACUCGCCCUCGCCGAUUCCACGCUCCAGUCAGUUCUUCUUCUCGAUCUUUAUGAGAAGAUCAUGGGCCGUGACCUCGAGGCGGCGGCGCCUUGGCUGGCGCAUCUCAAUGGCGCCCUGGCACUCAUCAAGGCUCGUGGAUAUAACAAUCUGGUGGAAAGUGACGUGAGUAGAACACUCGCGAAUAAACUCUUCACCACUCUACUCAUCAGCUGUUAUAUUGCUUCUUGCCGUAUACCAGAUGGCGUCGUUGAACUAGGUCGCAAACUCGACAUGUUUCAUGACAAGGACGAUUUCAAGUGGCGCAUCUCAAAGAUGAACCAGAAAAUGAUCAACUUCCGGAUCGACAUUGCUGAAGGAAAGCUGUCCAGCAGUCAGAUUGUUGAAGAGGCCAAACGCCUGCAUGAUGCCUAUCGCGAGAUUGAGGAGACAUCGUCCCAAAGAUGGCAGCCAAGGCAGGUCAUGGCUUCGGAAGAGGACCCAGCAAACAGGCCGCUCAUCUUUGGAGAUCAUUACCAUGUUUACAAAGGUCAUUUUGAAACUCAGGUGCGUAACACCACUCGAAUAAUGCACCUCCAGCUCCAGGCCUACAUCCAGAAACACUUGGAAGACGACGGGUCCGAGGAAUAUACCCGGGCUCUCGAAGAAUCACUGAGACGCACGGAGAAUUUCGCAGAGAAAGUCAUGGCCUCGGUGCCUCAGUUUAUCAUACCCGGCGUUCACCCCAACAACAGCAUCCCAUUCUCCAGUGUCCAGACACUGAGAUGCGGCAUCGUUCUCCCGGCUGUGUUCAUAGCGGCCGGUGCGUCGAAAAAUCCAGACCUUCGCCCCUGGGCGAUUCGCACAUUGAGAUUCAUGGCGGCGUCGGGGAAUAUAAGGUCGGCGUCGAUGACGGCCGACAUGUUGGAAAACCACCCGGGGCUGGACUUUCGAUUUAUGUACGCCAAACUGGGCGGUUAUGCAUUCACGUCUUGA